AUGGCGGAGGAGGAGGCUGAGAGAGAAUAUAACACCAGAGACGAGACUGUAGUCCUAAAACAACGCUUCCAGGCUUUAAUCACAUCAUUAAGAGACAGCACCGACUCGCCUUUGGACGCCUCGGCCCGUUUCUGCCAUGAAUUCUGUCAGAUACUUGUGGAGCAUGGAGGUCAAUGGAAGUCAGAGGAAGAUCCACUACCUUUGUUGGAGAUGUACACAGUGGCUAUUCUCUGCUUUGCCGAGGCCACCCCCUCACUUCUGCCUGAAUGUGAACAUGUCACAGUUGUACUUGAAAAGUUGGCAUUGAGUUGUCUGGAUUUUCUGCUCUCACUCCUGGAGAAAGUGCCAGAUGCCUUAUGGAAAGAAUUUCAGUCCUCUGUCAAGGUGGCACAUGGUAUUCUUGAGGCCAAUGGAAAUCUGCAGCUUAAUUCACUGAUGGCACUGGCUAAUGAAAGUGGGGUUUGGACCAAUUCCACUCUGUGCAGUCUUUUGUCAAACUAUACAACAGAUGUUGAAAAAGUUCAUGAGCUGCUUGUCCAGGAAGGACCUGCACUACUGGAUAUGCGAAUAAAGCACCUUAUCAAACAGAGAUGUGUGGAAAAAGCUGCAGUGCUUGCAAAGGCAUGUGCCGAGUUCCCAGAAUUUGGUGGAAAAAAGAAUUUCAAACAGAUUUACCUUGUAUGCCUGUGUGAGACAAUGUCUCAGCAAGAACUUAUGCAAGAGAUAAAGGACAUAGACUGCAAAGAUGCUCUGGAUAUGAUUUGUAACUUGGAAUCCGAGGAAAAUGAAAAGGGCGCCUUAUAUCUUUGCACAGCCUUUUUGAAGCGCCAACUUCUCCAGGGCGAUGUGUAUUGUGCCUGGGAAUUAACUCUGUUUUGGAGUAAACUCUUAAUACGUCUUGAAUCAGCCCAGGCCUUUCUGGAGCAAUGCAGACUGUUAGCACAGCUUUCCGGCAGUGUUUACCAUAUCCUCCUUCUCAUCAAAGUCAUUCAAGCAGAGGUUCAUGAUGAAGGACUUCCAGUUUGCAUUGAAAUGUGCAUUCAAGCUUUGAAAAUGGGAGUGAGUAACAGCGAGGAUUGCAACUCGACUAUUUGCAAAACCAUCUCCUGCUUGUUGCCCUUAGACUUGGAAGUAAAGAGGGCAUGUCAGUUAACUGAGUUUCUUGUUAAACCCUCUGUGGAUUCUUACUAUGCUGUUGAAAUGCUUUUUAAUGAACCGGACCAGAAGCUUGAGGAGGAAAACCUCCCACUUCCAAAUUCACUACGCUGUGAUCUGUUGUUGGCCUUAAAGACUAAGUGGCCUUUUGACCCUGAAUUCUGGGACUGGAAAACUCUAAAACGUCAUUGCCUUGCUCUAAUGGGAGAGGAUGCAUCAAUCGUGUCAUCUAUGGAUAAAUUAAAUGACAGUGAGGACAAUGAAGUGUUACUCGAGUCUGAUGACAAAGAUUUCUCUGGACACCUCGACUUCAUACUUGGUUCAACAAGUCAACCCAGAGACCUUGAAGCUGAGAGAAAGAAGAAAAGGGAAAUGAAGAGGCUGCGAGAACAGGGGUUUGUGUCUGCAAGAUUUCGUAACUGGCAGGCCUAUAUGCAGUAUUGUGUACUGUGCGACAAGGAGUUUCUUGGUCACAGGAUAGUGAAGCAUGCACUUAAGCAUGUCCAGGAUGGUAUUUUUCGUUGUCCAAUAUGUGCUAAAACAUUUGAAACAAGAGCAGUUCUUGAGCCUCAUGUAGCAUCACAUGUGAAACAGUCAAGCAAAGAACGAUUGGCUGCUUUAAAUACAAAAAAUACAAACUCUGGUUCGGCCAACACCUUAUGGAGUAGCAGUAAACCUGUCUACAUCAAAUCAUCUGUGAAGGAUGGCCAGAUGGUCUACACUGACUUUGGACCUUUAAACACUAAUUCUAACACUACUGGAAAAGUUAAAACUAAACCCUGCUCCGCAAAGCGAGGGAACCCAGUGCGUGAAAUCGAAAACACAGAAGAUUGUUCUUGUCCUGUUACAAGCUGUCAGAAAGUAUUCAAGUAUUUCAGAAAUUUAGUUGCACACGUUAAAGCCCACAAAGAUGAAGAGGAAGCAAGAAAUUUUCUUGAGCUACAAAGCCAGAAAGCAAUUUGCCAGUAUUGCCGACGUCAGUUUGUUAAUGUCACUCAUUUAAACGAUCACUUGCAAAUUCAUAGUGGUGACAGACCGUAUGUCUGCAUUCAACUAGGAUGCAACAGCAGCUUCAACUCUCAUGCGGAACUUGUCAUGCACAGAAAAGUGCAUUCAGAAUUCCAGGCACAGUGCACCUUUCAAGACUGUGGACGAGUAUUCAAUGAGGCUUACUUACUGUAUGAUCACGAAGCACAACACUACAUUACAUUCAUUUGCAAAAGCGAUAACUGUGACCAGGUGUUCUACUCCCUAUCACAGUUGAAUGCACAUCAGAAAGAGCAUACAAGGCCAGAGAAUGGUGAGGGCAUUGGGGAUCAAAUGGAAGCCUUACCCCAAAGCUUCUUGAAUCUAGAAUGGAUGUCAAACCAAGAAGGUGCUGUUCCAUAUGUUUCCAGUCCAUUGCAAACUAAACAAACUCAAAACUCUGCUCAUGACACUAGAGAACUUAAUCAUUCUUUUUCUUUCAUGAAUGAAUUCUCAGCCGAACUAAAUCAGCCACCAGUUACAGCUCCUCCUGUUGCACAGGAUUGUGAUCUGAUAAGGGCUCCGAAAACAGCCUGCCAGAUGCAGUCUGAUGUUGAUCAUUUAACCCAGUUUUGUCUAAAAUCAUGUUUUGUGAAACUGCAGCCUAUUCCAAUCAAGCGUGCUGAUUCUGUUCUCUUGAAUGCUCUUAAAAGCUCUGAGAAGAUUGGUCAGUUAAUCUUGCAAGAUAAAAAACUAUUUUGCUGUACAUGUGAACAGCAUAAAACUGUACAGAAGGCUUCUGCAACGGUGACUCCUGAUGUGCAAAAUAUAUCAAUAACAAAUGAAAGUGCACAACCAUUGGCAUCAAACAAUCUGGAAAAUGAAGAAGAUAAUCUUACUCAUGUUUGUCCAUUCGAGUCUUGUACACGGAAAUAUAGCACAUUAAAGAGUUUGUCAAGACAUAUUAAACAUGUGCAUAUUGAAGCAUUCGAGGAGUGGAAACUGUCAAGAAAAUACAAGAGGAUUGCAGACAUUGCAUCAAGAAAGUCGUCUGAACCUAAAAACUGUAAUUUUCAGACUCACAAAAAAAAGAUAAAACCAUCGACAGCAUUAACAUUUACAGGAAUCAAUCUGGACAAGUUUCCAACUGAUCCUACAAUUACUGAUCCUUUUCCUCCUUUUAAUGUCAAGUUUGAAGGUGCUCAGAAUGAAACACAAGAAACUAACACUACAUUAAUGCAAUCACAGAUGGCUGAAUCAUGGACGUCAUCUUCAUUUGAAGGCUGUAACUCUAGCUACUCUCUGCCAAAUCAGUUUCCUUCAAUGAUCAUGUCUGAUGGCUUGCAGCAGUCUUACACUUCAUUCACUGACCUGCUGGCAGAAAGAGAUAUAGAUUAUGUUCCCUCCUUAUCUGCUGCUGGCAUUACACCAACAGGAAACACGGCCUCUCACUCGGGUGUGCUAAAUGAAGCCUCUAAAUAUGUAUCAAACUCUUUAAGGGUGUUGCAUUCUCUUAAUAGUGAUCAGGCAUGUGAGAUGUCACAAGUGGAAGCAAGUGAAGAGCUUAGGUACAUGGAAGCCAGACAAACCAACAACAGUGUUCCACCUAAUGUUACUAAUGUAAAUUCUGUACAAAAUUCAGGACAAAACUUUGAUCCGUAUUUUUCAUCGUAUUCAGCGGAGACAUGCAGCAAUUCAGGACAACCUUUGGAAAAAGCAGAAAAACAAUGCACUAUUGAUCAAACUGGUCUGUAUUUCUCACCAGAUGUUAAAACCCAAUGCUCAUUACCUGUUUGCAAAGAGGAGCCUGAAUGUUUCUCGGUUUCAAGUGUUGAUGCAACAGUGAAAUGUGACCAGAAUAAUGAUUUUCCCUCUCAAGAAAUGUCACAGGUGACAACUGAGGAUGCAUCUCCUGAGGCUACAGACGUUACAUGUUCUGAUGACAUCUCGAAACUAAAGAAAAUUAAAACGUCAAAGAGGACAAAAUGGCCUGCUAUUCUAAAGGAUGGAAAGGUCAUUUGCUGCAGGUGCUACAGGGAGUUUUCUAGCACCAAGUCACUUGGAGGUCAUUUAUCAAAGCGUUCUCAGUGCAAACCAGUAGAUGAAAUUGAUCUUACUGCUGAUUUGCCCAUUUCAUUUCUUGACUUCCUGAAUGACCCAGAAAUUUCAACCAUGCAAAGCCCACUGCAUAUGAGUAAUGGCCAAGAUUCCCAGUCAUUCAUACCUGACUCAGAUAAUGUCCUUAAUAAUAACUGCUUUGAGGACGGACCAGGCCUGAAUUAUAAUAUUCAGAAUGGCCAUGUGAGCUCUGGGGACGCAGCAGAAACGUCUUUCACCGAACCUCAGGAUCAGACUGAAAAUUCAUCCAGCAUGCCAUUUUUAAAUCUGACUGCAGUUGAUUUGCCAACAAUAACAGAUAAUGACGCUUUAAGAAACUUUGAAACCCAAAUACCUUCUACAGUCCCUGGUGAAGAUGGCAAAAUAUUAGAAAUUGAAAGAGCAUUGCAGCGUCUUGAUUUAGUAGAUGGACUUCCCCAAGUGAAAAUUGAAAAACCCACCCUGCAAAAUCUUAACACUGAAACUACAAAUAAGAGGAUCAGUAAAACUCCACAUAAAGAUGAAAGUCACGAUGUUGAGAUUCUUAAACCAUUUAGAUGCAUCAAGGCAGACUGUGCAUAUGGUGCAAUGACUAAAGAAGCUUUAUUUAAACACUUAACAAGAGUACAUGAAGAGAGCGAAGACUGUAUAAAUGAACUGAAAAAAAAUCCAGAGAAAUUAUCACCAUAUGCUUGUUCCAUGUGCUCGAAGACAUUUACUAGAACCACAGGCCUUAAAAUCCACUAUAAAAAUGUCCAUCACUUAUCAAAAGAGGAAAUUUCCAAAAUAAAAAUUGGCAGGCCUGGAAAAAAGUCAUUACCAUCUAACAAUUUCAGCUGUGUAAACAAGGGUCCGGUCAGUCUUACAUACAACUCAUCAGUGCAGGCACAGUCUAUGACAAGUCCAGCUUUUACAGUGGCAGCUACCAAUAUAAACAAUAUACCAGCAGAGUUAAGCAAAGAGAAGCGUUUUAAACAAGAGUCUUCAUUAAUAACCCAAAGCUCUGCGUGUGUUUUGCAGAACAAUCCAGAAAGCUUAAUAUCAGAAAAAGAUAUUAAAACACUACAAGACCCUUGCUGCACUACAGAUAACUUAAAUGUACAGUGCUUUACACAAGAUACAAAACCAGCUCUGGCAACUGAACUCUUGUUUUCUCCUGGUAGACACUGUGAUUUGGAGCCAGUUACCAAAGCUACUGAUCAUGUUGUUGAACCCAUGAUGGAGCAGAACGACUUGACAAAAAAGACAAAAUGUAAAGAGAAGACCGAGUCCCCUAAAAAAGAGAAAACAAUACACACAAAACUGGGGAGAAAAUCUGAUUUUGUGGAUACAGUUAAUGACCUCUCACUGUAUCGGCCAUACAGAUGUGUCCAUGAAGGCUGUGUAGCUGCAUUUUCUGUACAGCACAAUCUUUUGCUACAUUACAAAGCAAUGCAUGAUUCAGAGGUAUUAAAUCAAACAGCUGGAACUAUUAUUGGGUCUCCCGAACAAGAUGAAGAAUCUGUUCAGAUUCAUGAAUUCAAUUGUCAAAUGAAAGACUGUUCAAAGGUUGUCACCAAAGUUACCAGCUUAUUGAAGCAUUAUCUUUUGCUUCACAGAUGCACAUUAGAAAAAGCAUGUUCUUUGUUGUCUGGUGUCGAGGUCGGGACAUUUCAGUGUGAUCAGUCAAAAUGCCCUGCUCAGUUCACCUGUCAUUUAAAAUACAUUGAGCAUAUAAAGAAUGACCACAAGGCAAUAAGACUUUCCGCAGAUGGAGACUUUGAGCGUGUGGACCUCACGUUCGCGUGCGAGUAUGAAGGUUGUGACCGGGUCUAUACCACCAAAUCAAAUCUUCUGCGUCAUGUCUUGAAAAAACAUCAAACUGUUAAACCAAAACAAAAAAAUCCAGAUCAAGGAAAUGUGUCAGCAAAAGCAGUUAGUGGAAAACCUAAUGACGGCAAGGAGAAUAUUUUAAUUAACAAAAUUAAACAGAGAAAGAAACUCAUUAAGAAAAAAGAGAAGAAAGCCAAUGACCACUGGACAAGCUUUGCAAAGCCCACUCUGAAGACCAAGGAUGAAGCUUCUGCCACAUGCACUGGAAAGUUCUCUCUAGAGUACCCAUGUAUGAUUAAGGGCUGUGACUCAGUCUCAAAUACAGAGCGAAAUAUAGUCAAACAUUACACCACUCAUGGUCUUACAGAGCGCUAUAUUAAUAAUCGCAGGAGUCACUUUAUAUUUUCUAAGAGAAACUCACGAUUAAGAAACAAAGAUGUUAAUGAAUCAGAUGGGGUUUCAGCAGUCACCUCUGAGGUUACAAAGGCAGGGUCUGCAGAAAAUAAUGCAGACAAAGGGGGCACAACUGCUGACAAAGGCAUCGCUAAUGCAGAUGAAUGCAUCACGAACACUGAAAAAGGUGACACAGCUGCAGACGAAGAAGUCACAACUGAAGAGAAAGGCACGACGGUUGAAAAGAACAGCAUUACAACUGCCACAACUGUUAAAAAUGAAGUCCCCAACACAGAGAAAGGUUUUACAAAUGCAGAGAACACUGUGGUUAAGUCUCAGGGUGUACUUCCUGAAAACAAAACAUCUCCUGAAACUGAAAAGUUGAAUAGGAACUCUGUGCCCAUGCCAGUACAGGUUAAACGCAAAAGAGGGCGGCCCCGAAAGUUGGAAAAGACAGUAAAAGUCAUCCCAGAAAGAAAAAGUCUUAGAAACAUUAGACCUAUUCGUAGCAACCAUGUUCCAAAAGUUUUGGGAACUAAAUUAAAACCUGCUACUCAUAAGGAGCAGGCAGAGAAUGGAGUUGCACAAAAACUUUUCAGUCCGUUAGGACUUAAAGCAUCAAUUCUUAAGCUGUAUGAAGAGAGUCCAUCUAGAAACACUGUCAGAAGUAAAUUAGCUAGGAGGGUUUUGACCAGUAUGCCUUUAAAACGACAACUAAAAAAACACCAAGCGUUGGGAAACAAGAUUUACACAAAAUCUCUGUUUCAGCUGAUUGGUAAACGGAAAUAUGUUGUUCAUUUCAGAAACCCACUCAAGCUGGAGUCUGUGAAAAAUGUUAAGAUUGUUAUGGAUGGAAGUUUUUCUAAUGGUGCAGAUCUGUUGCUGAAACAACUUCAGGAUAUGCGGCCCAUGGUCAUCCUGAAAAAAUGGCUGUGCAGCUGAUAACUGACUUUAAUACUCCUUCGUCUCCAUUCAGAGCUUUGCACUCAGGAUAAGAUGUUACAUGCUGCAGAUUGGUACAUCAACUAACAGUGGUUUUCCAAGCAUGACUUGAUACUGGGAGUCUAAAAAACACCUUCUUAUUAAAAAUAUAGUUUUUUUUUUUACAUUUUGAGAGUACCAUUAUGUACAUUAGGUUUUAAAUGUAAUGUAGAAACAUAUUUGUAUUUAUGAAGUCAGUUCUCUUUUAAAAAUUAGCAUUUGCUAAAUGUAAUAUUUUACACGCGUUGAAAAAAGGUUUUUCAAUAUAUCCCUAUGGGAUUUGUUUCUUUUUUAAGUAUAUAUUUAUUUUUUACUUCACUGUAGUGUAUAGUACUGUAUAUGUCUUCCACGCAUUAUUCAAUAAAA